ACUAAUUAUACAAACAUGCAUUUGUGAUUCACAAAACUAAUGAUUUUGAUUUAAUUUAAUUGUUAUUAUUUAUUAAUUAGUGUCCGCAAUAAGUUAAAUGUAUUUAUUUAACAAAAUAAUCGUAAACUUCAAGUGCGAAGAAACUUGAGACUUGAAACUCAAGUCUUAAUACAAUGUUUCCCAUAAAAUAGCCCAAACCUAUUAUAUGCAGGACUAUUGUAGCUCACAGACAGCCAACCAACAGAUACACAUCUCUGAUGAGCAACAGUCGGUCAUAAUCCGGGCCAGUCGUGACCAGCCCUACCGGUCGGACCUCGACUGUCAGCUCCGUGUCGUCAAUGAUAUCAAACAUUUAGGACUUAAUAUUAACUUAAAUUAUAUAAAUCUGAGAAAGUCGGACGCAUUUCAAGACUAUUUGGUCAUCAAGUUUAACAACAACUAUUCAAAUCUGUGGUUUGAAAACGAUUUGAUUGAUUGUAAUAAUAAACAGUCGAAGUAUUUCUUAACUUCAAAGUCCGAUCAUUCGGACGAAGUUGUGGUCAAAUUCACGACAACUGAUCACAUUAUCCCCACUAAUGACAAUGGGUUUGAGAUAAUAAUCACAUUAUUUAAGGACAAUGAAGAUGAGCAUAAACGAGAAAAUAGAUGUGAAAAGCAAUGGCUGUUUGACUGCGGGAACGGUCUGUGCAUUGAUCGUCGCUUCCGAUGCAAUGGUUUCGACAAUUGUGGCAAUAAUGCCGAUGAAGAGGACAAUUGCAAACACAGCCGUAAUAACAACUAUUUCGACAUUUUUGAGACCGGCUUCUGGUUUGGCUUCAAGAUAGUCAUCAUUUUACUACUCAUUGGUAUACUUUUGGGUAUUCUUUCGUGUAUUUGCAAGAAAUAUGACGAAAACGCAAAGUUUCGCAAAAGAUUUAUUAUGGAUCAGAUGAGACGGAACCGGGCCUACGAGGGCAGUGCCGGCCCAUCCAUCUAUAAUUUGAAGGAUAAGGCGCCCCUCUAUCCCAAACUCUAUCACACGUACGGCGGAACCGAAGCAUAAAUACAUUGAAAAACUCUUUUCGUCUCAAUUUAAUCAUCGUUUCAAUUGUUUAACACAUUAUUUACACAUAAAAUCCUCGAUUGCUUUAAUCAAUAGCUUGUGAUCCCGACUCAUACUCCAUGAGAUCCGGCUCUUUCUUCCUGGCAAUACAGGGACACACUGUUUGGUAAAGUUUUGUAAAGCAUCCGACUUCGGUGUCACCAGAUUUUGCAGAUUUUGUCGUUUUUGAAGAUUUUGCAGAUUUUACGGAUUUCUCUCUUUUCUUGUGCUUUACAUCUCUAUCCGUUUCUGUUAAAUAUUUAGACAAAUAUUAUGAUUUAUAUAAAUUAAUUUAAAGUAAUCCAUGAAAUACCUGUUUCAGCGCCCGUUUCGUCUUCAUCUAUAUUUGUAAACAAAAUAAAUAAUUAAUUAAUUUAAUUGUAA